AUGUCUCUACAACCAUCUUUAUCCAAUCAAGAUGUAAAAAAUAUUUCUGAUGGAAAUCUUAACAAUGAAUUGGUAGCAUUGAAUGAUGUGGGAUUGAACUCCGAUCAAAUAUUUCAACUCCUGAUGGCUAGGGAACGUACUAAGCAUUUACACUUGGAAUUGGAAAUACUGGAUCGGAAGAGAAAAUAUUCAAAUAUUUGUGAUGAAGCAAAGUUAAAAAAUUCAAAGAAGAAACAUCGGCAAAAUGUGAUGGAAAAUGCCUGUGAUGAUGUAAUUGCUGUCAUUCUAUCCUAUUUGCCAAAUUUGGAGGGUUUUAAGCUUUUACUUGUUUCUAAACAAUUUUAUAGAGCAGUUGGACAUUUGAGGCAAUUCCAUUAUUAUUUAGAUGAGAAUAGACCAGAUUUGAUUGAGUUUGUAAAAUCUAAAUAUUUCAACUCUAUGGAAAAUGCAAUAAUAACAUCUUCUGAAUAUGACAGACCUGCUGAUAUAUUCAACAAUUUGGAAAUUUAA